GUGACUACUUCUGCAGUUCAUGCACCACAGUUUGGAUUUGAGUGUAUUCUGCAUCCAUGUUUAUGGCUAAAUGCACUACAGAAAUCUCCAGUAAAAAUAUCAAAAACUUCUUCUUAACCUGCUGCCACUUUCGACUAGACAUCAUUUUCUGAGAUUUAUGCUCAAAACAACAAUCUGCAAGUGGGAAACAUGUGUAAUGUCUCUCUCUCUGUAAUGUCUUAGUGUGUACACUGAUACUAUAACUAAGACUGCCCCGGGGUGUAGUUACCUGUACUUCUGCACUACACAGGUAUGAUCUCACCUCUCAGUCCAAUGCAGAAGCAGGUCUGAGCGUGAGAGUUCGUGAGAUUCCAGUGUUAAUGCUUUCUACUUCAUAUUGUGAACAGAAAUUAUUACAGCUACAAUGAUGAUCAGCUACUUGGUGCUUAUGGGAAUUGUCUGUCUGUGCAGCACGGAGCCUCUCAGACGCCAUAAAAGAGCCUGGAUUAUAGACUCGUUUGAAAUAGUGGAGGAACACCCAGGGCCUUUCCCUUAUGAUCUGGGCCAGAUUAAACUGGACCGUAGCUAUUUAGUGGAGUUUAAGCUAAAAGGCAAAGGUGUGGAUGAAGACCCAAAGGGUGUCCUGUCAAUCGAUCCAAAAACAGGAGUCAUUAAAGUCCACCGGAAAGUCGACUAUGAGCAGUACAGCGUUCUGAUGCUGACUUUUCAAGCAAGAAAUAAGUCCAACUUGGCCGUAGAUACACAACUAGGCAUGGAGGUCAACAUACUGGACAUCAACGACAACCCGCCGGAAUUCAAGAGGAAGCUUUAUGAUGUCACUAUAAACGAAGCAGCAAAACAAGGUGGUUUUAUUGUAGGUGUAGUAGCUAUUGACAAGGAUGCGGCAGGAACUCCAAAUUCCACCAUUGACUACAAAAUUACUUCUGUCACUCCACCAACUAAAAAUGUGGAAUUCUACAUACAAGAAAGUGGUGCAAUAUCUUUUAAAGGAUGCCUUGAUUACGAGGUUGCUAAUAAAUACACUAUAACAGUUGAAGCAAAAGACCGUGGAGUUGUAAAGCUGUCAAGCACAGCUACCAUAAUUGUCAACCUUCAGGAUGGGAACAACCAUCUACCGGUUAUCACAGGGCAAACGGGUUCAGCUGAUGUGUUGGAAGGGACAAAUGGUACUUCACCUCUCAAAAUACAUACAGCUGAUGCUGACACGCGUCUCACUGCUGCAUGGAGGGUCAGAUACUCCAUACAAGGGGAUGAAGGUGGCCACUUCUCCAUCUACACCGAUCCAGAAACCAAUGAUGGAAUCCUCACAGUGGUUAAGCCCUUAGACUUUGAAGAAAAAGCAGAACAUAAACUCACCAUCUUUGUAGAGAACGAAGAGUCUUAUUUCUCUUGUGAGGUGAAAGAGAGAUCUGCAGAUGGACUCUGGAGAAUCAUCACAAAUCCAGCAAAACCAUCCUCUAGGGAUAUUACCAUUACAGUGGAAGAUGCCAAUGACCCGCCAUUCUUCCUAGAUCCAGUAAGAAAAGUAAUUUUGGAAGAAAAUGGUGUUGUUGGUGCUUUUGUGGACAAAGUGACAGCAGUCGAUCCUGACACUGGACGUCGCCACAAACUUGAGUAUUCUAUUGAUCAGGAUCCUGCAGGCUGGUUCAGAGUAGACCAAACAACUGGGGAAAUAUUUGUAAAAGAGUCUUUGGACAGAGAGUCAAGUCAUGUGAACAAUGGGACUUAUACACUCACUGUCCUUGUGACAGAGAAGGAUGACCAUCCUCCAAUGACAAGCACUGCUACCAUUCAGAUCUACGUUGAAGACAAAAACGACAAUGUGCCCCUUUUAAAGGAGAACAUGAUUUCUGUCUGUCAGUCUGAUGAAGUGUCACAUGCAGAGAUCACAGCCUUUGACCUCGAUGGAGAUCCGUACAGCGGCCCAUUCAGUUUUGAAAUAGUAGGAGAUCAUAAGAAAGAAUGGAGCUUUGACCCCAGUCAUGGUAGCACAGUGCAUUUGGUGAAGGAUAAAAGUGUUCAUACCAGUCUGUACACACUGAUUGUGAAAAUCUCUGAUAAACAGGGCAGGUUUGUCCUCCAGAACCUCUCUGUUGCUUUGUGUGAUUGUGUGGUUUCACCAAACUGUCUGACGCAGCGUAACACACAGCAAAAAGUGGGAAGUGGCAUGAAAGGAAUUACCAUCCUUGCUGCGCUGAUGAUUUUGGCAUGUCUGUUGCUGUCUCUCACUUGCUCUUGUGGGACUGUGAAGUCUCUGGCGCAGGUAGACGAUGUCUUAGAAGAUGCCCUUCUGCCUUCUAACAUAGAGAAACCUGGCACUGAUUGUGUGGUCCCGACUAUUCUACUGAAGAACACAUCUGUAAGUCACUCAAAGGACACAACUCUUGCCAAUUAUGGGGUUCAACAGACAGCUGACAUUCAGAGGGUAUCUCGCAAAAUUAUGGCCGCUCCGAGUCUCCCAGUGGAAAUCGAUGAGUGCUGGUCUAGAGACAGAUCACAGUGCUAUUCCAGUGAGACAUGGAUGUCUAACCAGUAUCAGAGUGGCAACCGCUACCAGGGUUCAACAUUUAGCAGGAGGAGCUCACAAAGACGACAGGGUGCCUAUUUCAUCAGCUGCUCAACUUUACAACGCUUGCUCUCGCAGAGGCUGCAUUCAAUACAGUGCCUAGAAAAUGAGUUGCUUGAUUACGAGCCUCAGCUUUAUGCCCUUGAGGACAACCCUGAUAAUUUUGUAGACCUGGAUCCCAUAGACCUGCCUAUGAAUGAGUUUGACCCCGAGAAGCUCUCUGAUCUUGGACCAGCAUUUAAGAAUCUGGCUUACAUCUGUAGCCCAGAGAAAGUGUUCUAAUCAGAAAUGAUAGAGAAUAGGACCAGAUAGUCAGGAGUCAGGAGGAUGAAGAUGUUUCACCGAUGUUUUGAACAGAAGGCUAAUUGUUGAAAAAAAAAAAAAAAUCAGUGGAGAGAUUUUCUUUGUUAAAUGUCAUUCAUAGAUAAACUCCUCUGUUUGAUUCUCUUUUUGUUCUUAUGUUAUUGUUAUGUCUUAAAUGGGUUGGUGUGAUAGCAUCAUUUCUUUACGAAUUUCUGUGAAUUAUUCAAACAUGCAAACAUUCCCACACAUUCGGUCACAGAAUGUUGAGAGCAUAUUUUUUACAGCCUAAAUUUCUUCAUUCACAACUGGUCUCAAAUGUUGCCAUUUGUGAGAGAAAUUCUCCCUUUGAGAGAUUUAUUUCAAGCGCAAGUGAAAUGCACAUGCAAAGAAAAGUUAUUCCUACCUCAAUUUCAGAAAAUACAAUGAUCUAUUUCAAUCAUGUUUACAUAUUUUAAAACAUAUAAUAUGAUGGAAAUAUUGUACUCAGGGUUACAUAGCAUUAUGUCUUUAUUAAUCUUCCAUUAGUUGUGCUGCCUGUUUUGUGAGAGGAUUGUGUACCUGAACAUAUGACAUUUAAAUGGCUUUUUAUCCUUACACAAUUAAAAAAGAUCUACAAAAAUGUGAAGGAAGUUAUUGAAUAGUCCACAAAUGUAUGAUUUACCUGUAGCAAUGUAUUUUUGCCUUUGACCCAGUGAUUGAAGUAGAAACAAAUUGGCACCGAUUUCUUAAUUAAAAAGUUUGUUUAGAGAAUGGGACACCACACUUGACCUCAUGUCAUCAUGCCAUUUCAGCUGUCAUGUAUUCUUUUAAUUUGAGAAAAUAAAGUAGAUUUUUCAUGA